GAGUAAAAGGCUUACUCUCAGUUUCGUAGUUAGGAAUUUACUCUCUUUUCAAAAGUAAGAUAUUUACUUCUAUUUUCGGAGUACAGCAUAGACUUCCAUCUUUAGAGUAAAGCAUUUGUUUUUUCUCUUUCUGUGUUUGAUAGAAAAUAAAAUUUCUGUCAUGUACAUGAAUAAGAUAAGAUAAGUAGAAUAGAUUGCGUCAUUACUUCAGUAAAUGUAUUUUUAUAAGCUACGUGUUGAAGUAAAUAGAGUUAGAUAGAAAGAAAUUCAGCCUUGUUUUAGACGAAAACUGCUUAGAAUAUUUAUGUUUUUUUUAGUUUUACUCUAAUUUUUAAAAGCAUAAAAAUUUACUCCGAAAUUGACUUCGCCCCUCCCUCCUGCCUCCGAGAUAUCGGAAGCCCCUGAUUGCAUCAAAUACGAUGACCAAAAAAAUCAAUUAAUUUAUCGCUGUUUUUUCAUUUAUAUGCACUGUUAGCAGAAACUUUCUUCUAGUUUAUGAAAAAUCGAUUAUAAAAUCAUCAGCAUUUUCCAGUUUUUAUAAAACUGUUAAUAAUUUUAUAAUAAAUAAAAACUCCUGAUUUUAUAUUUUCUAGAAAAUACAUUGGAUUUUCUAAAAUGUCAGUUUUCUAGCAAGUAGAAAUUGUCUAAGAAUUUUCUAUCCUACAGUCUGAGAAAUCAUGGAAGAUUUUUCAGAGAAUUAACUCAUUUUCUGAAAAUUCAACAAUUAAUAAUUCAAAAUCGCCAGCUCUUGUAUGAUUGACCAAUAGAGAAAAUAAAAGCAUGUAUAGAGACUAGAGAUAAAGUAAUGGCUUGCAGCGUGCACUAUAUCAUCUGCAAAAAUUCUAAAGAAUCUGUCGAUAUUCUGGAACAAUCUAUGACAGAUCUGUGCAUAAAUUCUGCUAAAAUUCUAUACAGAAUUUUGCAAAUUACCAAAUCUGUGUAGUUCUGUUGGAGAAAUCUGCACACACGUACUUGCAUAGUUUUGGCUUGUUUUAAACUGAAUUAGAUAUCUAAUGGUAGAAAAAUGAUUUAAAUUCGGUUUAAUUUUUGCUACAAGUUCAUUAAUACAUAGUACAUGUCGCAAGGAUACAAACUUAUACAAUUAUAACAACAACUCAUCAAAAACUUCAGUAAAAAACUGAAAAUUUUAUAAAUGUUUUGCUUUCUGAUAGUCAUAGUCAAAACAGUUGAAUCAGACUAGACAGAAAUGAAAGUUAGAAAAAUGUUUACUGACGUACAGUUUUCAUUCUCUAACUUUUAUCUAAUGAAAAAGUAAAGAAUGAAAAACAAGAUGCGAGUCAAAUUGUUCAUAUGCAUGCACGUGGUCAGAAUAAGUUAGACUUAAAAGCUAAGCUGUACUGUUUCGUUUAACUUACCUCGAUCUGUUCACGUUCAGCACAUUGAUGCCUGGCUAAUCGCGCGUGAUUAACAUAUGAUACAACGGAAGUCAACGAAUCAAUAUUGUUUUGAUAGUGAUCCAGAAAAUACAUAAUGUUAGGAGAAUAUUUUUCUUCUAUUUGUUCUUUCCUCGUUCUGUCGGUCAAAAAGCAAAUGUCCGAUCUGUUGGUUCGAUUAUGCAAGACAAAAGUACUUCCUUUGCGUAAUGAACCCGAUACUAGCAUUUUUUCUAGCAGUAAAUUUACUUGUAAAUGCUUGCCUCACUGAACCAGUAUUUGUUAAGUAAAAUUGCGAGUACUUUCACAAAAUACUUCAUAGCAAUGAAACUAAGUAUAAUAGUUGUAUAGAAGUACCGAUAAAAUUUCGGGUAUUAUUACCCUUAUUUGAUCAGAUUUAAAACUCCAUCUAGUAAUUUUGUUUCCCUUAGAAACGCAAAAUGCAGGAAAUAAGAACCUUUUAUUCACUUACUUACGUAGAAUAGAUUUUCCUCAAAAACAGUUAAGAUGAAGAUAUCUUUCACUGUUCCAUAUAUUUGUUUUUUCACUCUUUUGUCUGACUUUGGUUGAAUUAAGCACGUACAAUCGUAAAUCAUAAUGUAUACUUGCAUAAAGAUAGAAAAUCGAGAAAAGAAAAAUUUCGAAGAGGUAUUCUUAAUAUUUUUAUGUUAAGCAAAAGAAACUUGCUGUACUGGACUUGAUGAUAUAUUCGUGUCUUUCUUUUCACUCUUAUGCAUUGUGCAUCUUUUUUUUUCUCCAGGAUUUUGGUUAUUGUUUUGUUGAAGCAAAUAUUUAUUUAUUUUACUUUUUAGAUGGCCGCUCGAUUACAUACAAAACCUCAGUAUUUGGCACCCGGUCAUACUUUAUAUACGACCGACGCCCUGACAUCGGAAGACAUUAAUAAUUAUUUUCGCAUCGAUUUAUCAGCACCAACAAAACUUACUCCAUCAGAUAGCAGUCAACCUUUACCAACAACAACAACAUUGCCAAGUAGCAAUAGUAGUCAACAUAAUAUGACAAGUGAUAUGAGACAACAGCAGGAACAACCAAAAAAACGACUUCAACACUUAAAACCAUCGACGAUAUUUGGUUCACAACAACAUUAUUCAGUAGCACAAAGUAAAAACUUAAUCGAUCAUCCGAAUUUUAGAAAAACGUAA